AUGGCUUCCCUCUCCUCCUCCUUGCUACUCACGGUGGCAGUGUUGGCGGCAUUGUUGGUCGUUGGCUCGUGUGGCACUGCACUCACCUUCACGGUUAGCGAGGGCUCUAGCUCCACCAGCCUGGUCCUCGUCACUAACGUUGCCAUCUCUGAGAUGGAGGUCAAGGAGAAGGGUGCCCCUAACUGGAGUGAGCUUAAGGAGUCAUCGACCAACACCUGGAAGCUCGAGAGCAAGGCGCCACUCAAAGGACCCUUCUCCGUCCGCUUCCUUGUCAAGAAUGGCGGUUGCCGUGUCAUCGACGACGCCAUCCCUGAGGAAUUUAAGACUGGCUCAAUCUACAAGACUAGUAUCCAGAUAUGA